AUGGACAGUGGGGGAUAUAGGGCAGGGGAACUUUUCCUGAGGUACACCUUCACCAAAAUUAACCAGCUAUCAAGUGGUCGCUUAUUUUACAAGAAGAACCCACAGGAGGGACAGGAAAAGUGUAACAGUAUCAUCAACGUCAUCUGCAAUGUCAACCCCUGGAGGGAGAUGUUGCUGAAAGAUGUUCAGAUGAUAGAGAACAUGAAGUGGGACCCACACUUUCUCUAUGACCCACAGAGUUGGAAUAAGAGCAAGGUCAAUGUCAAGAACUAUGGCAGGAUGAUCCAUAGCUCCAAAGUGCACUUCCGCUUCCUGCACUGCCAGGAUGUACAUGAAUGCUACUUGGACCUCUUUGAGACACGUCUUCAUUUUGUUUCUAACAGCAGUGCCGGGCUCAUCUACCAGGUAACACUUCCUCUGAAGGAACUCACCAUCUGCAAACCUCAGACCAGCAAUGGUGCAUUAUCUGAACUGGAAACAUUUGCUUUCCAGAUCAAUGGUGUGAGUCUGAAGUCUACCAUAGUGUACUGUAAAAGCCAGGGAGAGUUGGAUCAUUGGUUGAGUUUGCUGACAGACCAUCUGGCAGCCUGUGGUGGGACAUCUCCAUUUGUUCAAUUCAAGGAAAACUCCCAGAUCCCAGCCAGUCACCAGAGGAGCAGGGAAGAGUUGAGGAUGUCGGUCCAGAGUGAGCCCAUUUAUGAAUGGGAGGGCUCCCACAGAGACUCCCUGGGUCCCAUCAUCUGUGUCAGCAAGGUCACAUUGCAGCACCUGCCCUGCCAGGAGCAGCAUAGUCGUUUGUUGGUGAUGUAUCCAUCCACUCUCAUCAUUUUGUCUGAGGAAAACAAUAGGCUUUUCUACAAAGGGAAAAUUCUUCUUAAUACGAUCACGGUCACCACACCCUGCCAUGACUUGAAGCCGAACACAUUUAUGAUUAAAGGGAAACUGAUCAACCCCAUAAUUGUGUCAUGCCUGGACAUGAAAGAAUUCUCUGACUGGAUAUGUAAAUUCAGAGCAUCACGUAUCCCUAUUCAGACCCCUCCACCUCCUGUCUAUGACAUCAUCUACACUCCAAUCAAGAUAGAGGCCCCAGAAUUUCACAGAUGGAGUGCACACAGCAGUCAAGGGAUGACUGAGUCCUGGAAGCUGUCCCAAAGUGGGCAAUGCUCCAAAGAGCUGCAGUUUUGUAUGGAAUCAGACAAUGUAGUCUCACCUGGUUAUUCAGAGCCCCUCUUUUACAUCAGCAGCCGGCCUACCUCCACCACCACACGGUCUUCUACUGAGGUCUGCAGCAGCAUAUCAUCCAAGUCUAGACUCUACCCACUUGUCCAGGACCCAAUGUCUCCUAUCUACAGCACGCCCUAUCUUGCCCUGCAGAAUCACGGACCCAUUCAGUGGCAGGAGAAGGUACCCCUCACCAAGACUAACAGCCUAAAUACGCUUCAGACCUCUGUGUCCCUCAAACUCUCCAAUCCCGACAGGCACUCAGCAACGCCAACACUAGAUCUGGAUACUGACUAUUCAAGGCCUGUGUGUCACAGAAAUUAUAUUGACCUUCAGGUCCUGCCCUCCUUUAAACUGAGAAGUCCCCCUCUGGACAGGAGGAAUAAGAAUACGCAGACCUCAAAACAGGAGAUAGACCAAUUCACAGAGACUGUCUCUGGGAUGAAGUUAAUAAGUCCAACCAAAGAAAACAGCCAACAGAUGAAAUACAACUGUUUUCAAGAUAAGAUUGCUUCCCUGGAGCUGACAGAGUCACAAAGCCAGGUGGACUACGCGAACAUCUGGGAAUCUGUCCGACAAUAUGAGUAA